GAUCGACGACGUUAAGUGAUUCCGUGACACUGAACAGUUACUGAAGCCACAGGAUUGCCAUCUGAGAGUCUGUCCGCCCAGAGUUUGCCCCAUGCAUUGGCAACGAAAAAAACGAUCUCCUCCCACUGCGACUAGCCGCAUCAGGCAAACUCGAACCCAUCAUCGUUGUGUUUGCAUGACGCCAGAUGCGCGAAACUUUCUCCGUGCCUGCCAUUCCCUGUGCACAGUUUGCUACCUGUACUUUUUAUUUAGUUAUUUUGCAUAAAAAAGGCACUGCAAAGCAUUGCUGUACAUUUUAUUAUUGAUACGAACUGCGUGCAGGAUGUCGGUUGUAUUUAGUUCUCGAUUAACAAGCGUCAAUAGACUUCGAAAAUGUACACAGAUGCCCCAAAUGCGUAAACCUUGUGCACUUUUCAGUCAAAACUUGCACCUAAAAAACAGCCCUCGCAAUUCGCAAUGGAUCACUUCGACGCGUUCUAUUCAAAGGUGUUCGGUCUAGAUGCCUGGAGAUCGAUGCGGAUUGCGUUACUGAGCAAGAAGAAAUAUUGUGCCGUUGUAAAUCCUUUCGCCGUUACAGAGGAGCUCAUAGAAAGAUUACGCUCUAUCGGAUGUCGUGAGAUAGUUGGACGACCUACUAAUGUUGAUACCUGGGAUGCUUCACCGGAAGUACAAAUGACGGAUUUGCCAUUACCCAUGCCUGACAUUAUGCCGAAUGAGGAAGAUGCAGUUUUUGAUGAUUCUUCUAGGUUUAUUCGGAAAGGAAAUACAGAACCGUUGUUGAGUUUUGUUCCUGCUACGGAAAUUGUUGCCCAGGAAGAAAUAAUCGACGAGGGACAGUACUUUAAUUUUUUACAACCGGAAGGUGAUAGCGAAUUGGCCAUGAAAACCCACAAGCCGCUGCCAGCUCUGCCUCUACACGUGUACACAUUUCCUCGAGGUGUCAUCAGCGAUUUCCCAAGUCCUAAAAAAACAACUAAUGGACUUUUUGAGUAUUAUCUGAUGGACGCUGCUUCGCUCUUACCUGUAGUAGCUCUUGGCCUUGAGCCUGGAGAUGACUUUGCUGAUUUUUGCGCGGCGCCUGGAGGGAAGACUCUGGCCGUAGCUUUUACGCAAAAAACACGAGUGCACUUUUGUUCUGACAUAUCCGCGAGUCGCGUGCAAAGACUGAAAGGAAUACUAGGCAGCUAUCUUCCACCCGAAGAACGUGCGAAGAUCACAAUCAAGCUAGCUAAUAUGACCCUAAUUUCUGAUAAUUCGACCUACAAUAAGAUUCUAGUCGACGUUCCAUGCUCAAAUGAUAGAUCUUCGCUAGAGAGUGAAGAGAACAACAUCUUUCAUCAAAUCCGUGUCAAGGAGCGGCUUUCCCUGCCGGAAACCCAGAAAGCUAUUUUAACGCAUGCACUUCGUCGACUACGGCCAGGUGGUGCAACUGUAUAUAGUACGUGCUCGUUGUCACCGGUUCAGAAUGAUUCAGUUGUGUAUAUGACGCUGCAGAGCUUCAAACAGAUGAAAUUUGUCAUUACAAAUCUUAGCGAGACUUUUUCGCCCUUCGUAGAACAAGGCUUGUUUCACCUGUAUGACAAAUGUCGUUAUGGCCAGCUUGUCAUGCCUAACUUAACAAGUAAUUUCGGCCCGAUGUAUAUUUGCAGAAUUGAAAGAGUCAAAUAGGUACUCCUUCGUUACAUCUUUUCAUGUUUAUAUAUAGGAGAAUAAUAGCAUGCUAAUAGUCACCUUUUAGUUGCGAUGAACACUAGAAAAGGAGGUGGCAAGCAGUGUGUCUAAGACGCAGGUAAAAUUAGAGACCGCAAACACAUAUAUCUCAUAGACUACACGGAUGUGAGGUUCGAUUGUUGAAGUAAAACAAAGUUUUCACCUUGAUAUAAUAGACAGUUACACGAUGAUGGUAUCAUUUAUCACAGAUGUAGCUGCAAUAUAGCGAUGCCUUUUUGAUACCACAGACGUCUUGAUACUGUCUGGUAAUAGUUUAUCAUUGAAAUAAAAUUAAUUAGGUUGCUAAAUUGAAUUAUUUUAUUGUAUUAGGUAAUACCUAGCGUUCGGUAAUUUCAUAUGUGCAGUGAGUACUCAUGCACGUACCCUUAAGAACCUAUUUAAUAAUUAGAGUGCAACUGGAAGAUCAAUUCAGGUGCAGAACUUGAAUUACCUUAUUUUAGACAUCAAAGCAUCAUCGGACGCUGCGAUAAUUAUUCAGCUCAAAAUAUUGCUGUAAGCACUACUUAGAAAUGCAUAACGUUACGUAGUGACUCCGGGUUAGCCCUAGGAAUGAGCGGAGCAGACCGAAUUUAGACGUGUAAUUUUUAACACACGUUGUACCUUAGACAACAUUGGAUGGUUGAGGGAUUAAAAAGGCAAGGACUGCUAUUUCGAAAUCUGUAUAAACAGACGCAGAUGCGUACACAAAUUUUGGGCGGAUAUACGCAGCUUUAAUUGGAUGAGUAGUUUUAGACUACGAAGCAGGCCUCGCAUGGCAUCAAGUGUCAGAAUUAUGAGCAAUUGGAUGAAAAUAUAGACCCGGUUAGGCAUCCAGGUUUAGCUAGUU